GGGUUGGAUUUGCGAGCUCUCUGAGCUUGCGUCCGCGGAGGGGGAGGGUUUCCCCAGCCCCGCCGGAGUGGCGGCUGGGCGCUUCUGUCUCACUACACAAACGACUGUCAAGAGAGGAGAGAGUGGAGCUGCCGGAAGUGUCUGCGCGCCGGGGAGAACUUUCCUGCUCCUGCCGGGGCCCGGAGUCUCCGCCGCCAGGGUGCUCGCAGCGACGAUGUGCGGCGAUGACAACACCGUAAGCGGACCCGCGCCUCGGCCCACCCACGGUGUGUGCGCCAGCUUGGCCUCAAGAGAAGACUGAGUCCGGAGGUGUCCGCGCGCCACGGGAACCCGGCGCAGGCGGCGGGGCGCGCGGGGCCCGUUUCCUCUGCGCGGUCCCCUCGCUUCCCGGCGCGUUACUUGCGAUCUCGCGUCCCAGAGCCGGUCACGGUCGCCGACUGCCCCCGCCCUGACUGCCGGCCCGGACGUGUCCCCGGCGGCCGCUGGCAGUGCCUGUGCCAUGGGGCUGCCUACUCUGGAGUUCAGCGAUUCCUACUUGGACAGCCCGGAUUUCAGGGAGCGCCUCCAGUGUCACGAGAUUGAGCUGGAGCGGACCAACAAGUUCAUCAAAGAGCUGAUUAAGGAUGGCUCUCUGCUUAUUGGGGCCCUGAGGAAUCUGUCUAUGGCAGUACAGAAGUUUUCCCAGUCACUGCAAGAUUUCCAGUUUGAAUGUAUUGGCGAUGCUGAAACAGAUGAUGAAAUUAGUAUUGCUCAGUCACUAAAAGAAUUUGCAAGACUACUUAUCACAGUAGAAGAAGAAAGGAGAAGACUGAUUCAAAACGCUAAUGACGUAUUAAUCGCGCCCCUUGAGAAAUUUCGCAAAGAACAAAUAGGUGCUGCAAAAGAUGGAAAGAAGAAGUUUGACAAGGAGAGUGAAAAAUAUUAUUCUAUUCUUGACAAACAUUUAAAUUUGUCUGCAAAGAAAAAGGAGUCUCAUCUGCAAGAGGCAGACACACAGAUCGAUCGGGAACAUCAAAACUUCUAUGAAGCAUCAUUGGAAUAUGUCUUUAAAAUUCAAGAAGUUCAAGAAAAGAAGAAGUUUGAAUUUGUUGAACCGCUUUUGUCGUUCCUUCAGGGUUUGUUUACUUUUUACCACGAGGGAUAUGAACUGGCCCAGGAAUUCGCACCGUAUAAGCAACAGCUGCAGUUCAACUUGCAGAAUACCAGGAAUAAUUUUGAAAGCACUCGACAAGAGGUAGAGCGGCUGAUGCAGAGGAUGAAAUCUGCCAACCAGGAUUACAGACCACCCAGCCAGUGGACGAUGGAAGGCUAUCUUUAUGUCCAGGAGAAACGACCACUUGGUUUUACCUGGACUAAGCAUUACUGUACUUACGAUAAAGGAAGUAAAACAUUCACGAUGAGCGUCUCAGAAAUGAAAUCCAGUGGGAAAAUGAACGGCCUUGUUACCAGCUCUCCAGAAAUGUUUAAGUUAAAAUCUUGUAUCCGACGGAAGACAGAUUCAAUUGACAAGCGAUUCUGCUUUGACAUAGAAGUCGUGGAAAGGCACGGCAUCAUCACCCUGCAGGCCUUCUCAGAAGCUAAUCGGAAACUCUGGCUCGAAGCCAUGGAUGGAAAAGAACCAAUUUAUACCCUGCCUGCCAUUAUGAGCAAGAAAGAAGAAAUGUACUUAAAUGAAGCAGGGUUCAACUUUGUGAGAAAAUGCAUUCAAGCCGUGGAAACAAGAGGCAUCACGAUUUUAGGCCUGUACCGAAUAGGAGGUGUGAACUCCAAAGUUCAGAAACUCAUGAACACCACAUUUUCUCCCAAAUCCCCUCCUGAUAUGGACAUUGAUAUCGAACUCUGGGAUAAUAAGACAAUAACAAGCGGACUGAAAAACUACCUCAGGUGCCUUGCAGAACCACUGAUGACUUACAAGUUACACAAAGAUUUUAUUGUUGCCGUUAAAUCCGAUGACCAAAACUACCGGGUGGAGGCUGUCCAUGCAUUGGUGCACAAACUGCCAGAGAAAAACAGGGAGAUGCUGGACAUCUUAAUAAAGCACCUGGUCAAAGUAUCGCUCCAUAGCCAACAAAAUCUCAUGACUGUCUCAAACCUUGGUGUCAUAUUUGGCCCAACUCUAAUGAGGGCACAGGAAGAAACCGUGGCUGCGAUGAUGAAUAUUAAAUUUCAGAAUAUUGUGGUUGAAAUUCUGAUAGAACACUAUGAAAAGAUUUUCCACACCGCCCCAGACCCCAGCAUCCCUCUUCCUCAGCCUCAGUCUCGAUCUGGAUCUCGAAGGACUCGUGCCAUCUGCCUCUCUACGGGCUCCCGGAAGCCCAGAGGGAGAUACACUCCAUGCUUGGCAGAGCCUGAUAGUGACUCCUACAGCAGCAGCCCGGCCAGCACGCCCAUGGGAAGCAUCGAGUCCCUCUCCUCUCACUCCUCUGAACAAAACAGCAACACGAAGCCCGCUUCCUGCCAGCCCAGGGAGAAAUCUGGAGGGAUUCCUUGGAUUGCAUCCCCAUCACCUUCCAAUGGACAGAAAAGUCUUGGUCUCUGGACAACUAGUCCUGAAUCCAGUUCUAGAGAAGAUGCAACGAAAACGGAUGCAGAAUCAGAUUGCCAGAGUGUCGCCUCCAUCGCUAGCCCAGGGGAUGUUUCCCCACCCAUAGACCUGACCAAGAAAGGGCCACAUGGGGUUUCAGGACACAAAAGAGCCUCAGCUACCUUUCUCAAGUCCAUCUCUGCAGCUGAAGGAAACAAGAGCUACAGUGGCUCCAUUCAAAGCUUAACUUCCAUAGGUUCCAAAGAAACGCCGAAAGCCUCACCACACCCGGACCUGCCUCCAAAAAUGUGCAGGAGGUUAAGGCUAGACACCGCCUCGAGCAAUGGCUACCAGCGGCCUGGCUCCAUUGUGGCAGCGAAAGCCCAACUGUUUGAAAAUGUUGGUUCAGUUAAGCCAGUUUCUUCUGGGCGCCAAGCCAAAGCCAUGUACUCCUGUAAAGCCGAACACAGCCAUGAGCUCUCCUUCCCCCAGGGGGCGAUAUUUUCCAACGUGUACCCAUCAGUGGAACCAGGAUGGUUGAAGGCGACUUAUGAAGGCAAAACAGGACUAGUCCCAGAAAAUUACGUUGUCUUCCUCUAAUAUUAGUUAGCGGAUGGCAGUAUCUUCAUGGUAUCCAUGGUGACAAAUAAGAAGUGCUGUGAUUUUAUCUGACACAGAUCAGCCCACUGAAUGAAAACAGACCAUUUCCAUCAAGUCCCGCACCAACAGGCUACGUAGCUCCCUAGUAACGGAAAAUGAGAAGAGAAGUUUAAAUUGUUUGCCAUUCUUUGUAUUUUUUUUUGGCCGGUUUCUUAUUUUAAAGUAUCUUUCUUUUUGAUAAGUAACUCUCUACAUGUCUCCUUCAUAACCAUUGAGAAUCUCAAAUACUGUAGAAAUACGAUUGCCCAGAAAUUUGAAAACUAGAAAUCUGAUGUAAGGAUUUUGGAGUCUGUCCUUAGCUGUCUGGCAUUCUCUGAGGAAUCUUGAAAUCAUUACUUAAAAAUGUAUUGAAAUUGUUCAUUUACUAUUCUUUCUUAAAAGUAUACUAUUCUUAUAUAUGAUUAUUUUGCUGGUCCUAAACAUUUCAAGGAAAUAAGUUUUUUUUUUUUAAUGUAACUAUUUUUGUUUACCAAGUAGAUGAUGAUAUGCAAAGGUAAUGAUGUAUAUGAUGUGUGAUGUCUGUAAAUGAAGCCGAAUUAAGUCAUACACUGAGUGCACUUGAAACACUCCGCCCAGAAUUCCAGACACCUGCCAUUGGCUGUGAGCAGGGAGCAGCAGACUUUCUGUGAAGGCCUCCUAGUAAACACUCCGUCCUUUGCAAGCCCCGUGGCUCCAUCACAUCCGUAUCUCAGCCUUCGUGCAGGGAGCAGCCAUAGACAGAAAGAAACAGAUGAGCGUGUCUGUGCGCCAGUGCAGCUUUCUGUAGGGACCCUGAAAUCUGAAGGUCUUAUCAUUAUGAGACUCGAAAUAGUCUUCUUUGACUUUUUAAAAUCCAUUUAAAAACGGAAAAGCCGUUUCAGCUGAUGGAUCACACUAAAGCAGGUAGCAGCAGGUUGAGUGUGACUUGUGGGUCUUGGUUUGCUGACCCUUGGCUCAGAGAGUGUGUAAAAGUACCCUUUUAUCUUUGGGGGGUUUAUGAAAUUUUACUAUGUUAACCUAUGAAUACUGAUGAAUGAUAUGCACAUAUCAUCUGCUAGUCACAUUAUAAUGGCAUCACAAAAGUAUAAUCACCAUAAGAGGGAAACUGUAAAAGUAUAAUAUCCAGGCAUACUACUUAAAUUCUACUUGUAACACUGAAGUGUCAAAGGAUUUUGUUAACACCUAAUUUUGGCUAAAGAGAACUUCUUUACAAAUGAUAGGGAAGUUUUAAGACACUGGUAGAGAAGCUACGCCUUCUAAAGUCUAUGCUUAAACAGAAUUUAAACAUAAAGGCACAGGAUUCUUAAGUUAUUUAAACCACAAACUUGUAAAAUGGUUUUAUCAUUUUUAGAGGAAUACAGUAUGUACAUGAUUUUGUUAAAUGCCAUUCAAUUUACAGCCUUUACUAGGGAUUUCACUGAAUUUGUAGAGGAUAGAAAUUUGCUGCCCAUUAAUAUAUAUCAUCGACAUCUGGUCACGCACCAACCACUAUUUCUAUUAUUUCCAUAAUUCUAGUGUUAUUUCUAUAACUAUUUGCAUGUGGCAAAGAGCCUUUCUCCUCGAGAUUCCAAAGAGCUGGCCACCGGCCCUUUCACAGCCCAGCGCCGGCCCACGAGGCUCUGUGUCAAAGUUACUUCCCAGUUCUCCACCGUGCAGACUCAGGUAUUGACUGUAUCAGACUCUUUCUCUGUGAUCUUAUAAUUUGUCAUUUCAAUCUCUUCUACUUUAAGUUCAUGUUUUUAGCGUUAAUAGAUGAUACAUUCUCACACACAAGCAUACACAACUAUGCCUUGGAGCAUUUAUGCUUUUAAAAUUCAAAAUGUAAUAAUAGCAUAGAAUUUUAAAAUAAAGAGAAUAAUAAUAGGUGAAGUCACAACCGGAACCAGAUAUCAGUGCAUUGGAACAAAAAUAUUUAAUGUUAUAAAAAUUAGUAAUAUAAUGAAAAAACCUGAUAUACUUUUUUUCCUCUGUCUCCUGCUGUUCUUUUUUGUGCAUGACAAUGGGGGGUCACUAGAGCUCGUUGAUGUCUGGAUCCUUGGUGGCCGUUACAAGUGAUACGAGCAUUGCUGACACCCUUGACUACCUUCUGCUGGAACAGAAGGCUGUCUUUCCAGUGUACCAGUCCCUUAGUCUACACAAUGCUCCGUUUAAGCACUCUGCCAUUGUCUGGCAUCCUACCAGGUUAGAACCUCUUAAAGCACAUUGAUUUUCUGUCCAAGACCAACUUGACUCCAAAAGGAGAUUCAGAAUUCUGCUUUACUUGCUGCUGCAUAAGGAAAUCUCACCUUUCAUUUUAUUUUAACACAGACCAGAGUGUUCCUGCCUUUGAUCUAUCUGUGAGCUCAUUCCCCUGAUGCUCAGUCAGAAAUUCGAGCUUUUGCUGUAAACCCUGUGGGUGGGAAGCUCUCUUUCUCCUGGUGAGGCGUAUCUUGUAGCAGUACUUGCUGUAGUCCUUCUUUUUUUAAACAAGCUACAAAAGUGCUUCUUCAAACUGUGUUUUUAUUUGAAGUUUUCAUCUAUAAGACUUGGGAGAGUGGUGCUUUGUUUGUUCCUCAUAACAAUUACACAUAUAAGCAAGUCAUGGUCAUGUAUUGGAGAUAGACUAAAGCUGCUUUUCUCAAGAAAUAAAUUUCCUUCGGACAAAGUAUUUAUGAGAUUUGGGAAAAUCAAGGUGUGUGCUCUGAAUCACAAUAUUAAUUACACAAGAAAGUAAUGCCAAUUAUUGGAAGGUCACAUUCAAAAUUGUAACAGCAUUUCGAUAGUGAAACCUCAGCUUUCCAGGGACAUGAAGUUAUGUUAGAAUUGCUACAUCCACACCAUACAAACAUACAGUGUGGACACCCAGUCAUUGCUUGCAGUAUCACCAGUAUGAAGAUGAGAUUGCUGAGUCAUCGUCUUGUGUUAUGUGAACGCAUCCCCAAGAACAAAACACUUACGUAUUUAACAGGUGACUCUUGUUGUACCAUAACUACCAAGUUUAACGAAAUUAGUCUAUCACCUGAAGGCUUUUUCUGUUGUGUUAUGUGAAUAUAUAUGUCUGAACAGUAAAAUAGUGUUUGUAUUCCUGUAAAGUCCAUGAAGUAUGAGGAAGUGCUUUCUCCUUGUUUGAUGUGAGUGCUUUUGCUAAUUGCAUCGGCAGUCUGCUUUCAAAUAUGAAUGAGCGUAACCAGGUUUCUCAACAAUGGCUUGAUUGCUGGCUCUUUCAGGGGUGGUGGAGAAACAAAAAAUUAGGUACCUUACAAUCCUGAACAAUCCAGGUUCCCAAACAGGAAAAACGGAGAUACAUAAUGACUUUCAUUCUUAUUCUAGAUAGUUGCUUUUACCUAUUGUGGCAUACUUUCUAAAUUUCCACUGUGUUGUAAGGCAAAUAAACCCUGGCACCUUAGUCCUGGGAAGCUGGCACCCUGUUAACCUCACUCCCAGCCUCGUUCUUCAGGUCUGUGUCUCCUGUGAGAAAGGACACCAUCCACAUGGAUGCUGCUACUGCUGAGGGCUUCUAUAGGGCCUUUCUGCCAACAACGUCAGUUCGUAGUGAACCCCCUAAAUUAUGUAUUCAGGAUGCUUUUGCCAGCCUUUAGGAACCCAAUUUGGUUAUACUUCAUUGACUGAAGUUAGAGGUAGAGCAAUUCAGGAACAAAUUUUGGUCUUUGGUUUUACAGUAUAUUUAGAAUUUGCAGCUGUUUACUCUGUGCCAAAAACACUGGAUGGGACCCCCCAAAAUAUAUAUAUAUAUCCUGGUAAAGGAAAAUAAAACAGAAACUUGACGAUUGCUCAGAAGUUAUUUUGCUCUUGACUAAUGUUUUUCAUUUAGGGUGGAAAUUGCUGUCUAAUUUUUGUCUCCUACUUUUUUUGGUUACUUUCCAAAAAUCAAACGCAUUUUACAAAUGAGGUUAACUGUUCUGAAUAGUACACAUGCUGGCUGUUUCCUGUUGAGCCACAGACUUAAAUCAGGUGUUUGAUUUAGACUUAGUGAGGCUUAACUCAACUGGUCUCACUCUCCUAAACACAGUCAUUGGAUCCAUCCAUUGUCAGUAAUGUCUUCCUGCUUCAGCUGUGCAGGUUCUGCUUGGUAGUGAACCUUGUACAAACUCAGGCUUAUGAAUGGCAUGGACUUUUAGAGGAUCAGAUCAGUAAAUAGGACUUUUCAUUUUUUAGGCAGCUGCAUCCACUCUUUUAAAUAAGGACUCUCAAAUGAGAACAUUGAUAGCCCCCGGAACAAGCCAUUGGCAGAAAACUGACCUGCACAUUCCAGGCCAAUGUUCAAAAACAGUUGUAUGAGGUAGGGGUCCCAUAGGCAGGUCAUCACUUCUCCCCCUGGCACUCAUGAGAAAGAUGCCAAGUUCAGAGCUGAAUACUUCUCGGUGCUCCUGGGAGAGAUGGAGUCUGCGAGUUUACUGAGGAGUCCCAAAAGGCAGGGGCCAUUUGCAAUUAUACAGUGUCGAUAAUCCUCCAUCAUCCCAGAUGCUCGUGCACAGGCUACAUGAGGAGCUGAAGUAAGUGUUGGAGGUGCAUGGGGCUGCAGGUGCCAAGACCACCCUGAUUAGAAACCAUCUCCCUUUUAUCUGCCUCAGCAGUAUUUCCCACGGUCUCUACCCUCCCAGGGUUCAGAGCACCCUAGGUUUUCCUUGAACACCCCCGGUCUCUUAGAUUAAAAUGUGCAUUGUUCUGAAUGCAGCAGCAUUGUUACAGAUUUUGUAUCUGCCUCUGUAUCCACAGUCAUGUCUUUUUCUACGAAGCCCACUGCCUACACUCAAUUUAUGCUUAAAGUCGGAGACAGUGCCACAUGUUGAGAGCUGUGAUUUCAAGAGUCUUCUUGAACUCUGAGCUAAAACCUGUACAAAUAAAUAGGGAGUUUGUCAGGGAAGACAACUGUUUUUUAAAUUCAGAAUUCUAUUUAUGUACUGUUAAAGUUUGAGGUACUAUAGUUUAUGUAAAAGUUUAAUAUCUAGAUGCCAUAUUUCAGUACUAGGAGUUUCUUUGCAGCCAUUAACAUGACAAGUAAAGUAUUAAAUAUGAUGAAAGUGAUUGUCAGUAAAUUAUCAUAUUGGAAUUUUUGUUUAUUUUGUAGUGUUUCUGUAUUUAUCUGCACUUUGUGCGUGUGUAUACAUACACACACAUACAUAUACAAACAUGUAAAUACCCUCAUGUUAUUCCUAAUCUAAAUUGCCACAAUAUCUUUGAUGUAUAUUUACACUGUAUUUUAAAUUACUUUAAA